CAGUAUAGUUAAACGUAGGUGUCUUAUGAGGUCGUGUAGGGCAACGUAUAAUAGUGUGGACCGCGUGCCGGAAUACGCCAAUGGUCAAUGGUGGGGAGAAAACGUGAAUGAUCCAUAGAAGCCGAUACCGUUGUGUGUCUCUCGAAAAGACUUGUGUUGGUCCAUAGAAUGUAAUAUACAGAUGGAAGGGAAUGGAAUAGUAGUGAAGCGGUGGGAAAAGAAAAGACAAAGUGGGGAUAUAGCAGACAGAGAAGUGGGGUGCGGUUAAAGGUUCGGCUUCGGAAAUGGCCGCGGGAAAGUAGAGAGCGUUACGUCGUCUGGCAGGCGAGCCAAAGUUUUUCGUGUGUAGCGCUCGUUAACCCGGCGCUUCGAGCGUGCGAUCGGCAGUUCACUAGACUCACGAAGACAAGUUGCAAGAUGUUUUAAAAAAAGAAUUUCAAUUCGCAAAAAUUGUGUAGUGUACGACUAUCUGAUCUAGUGAGAGUCGCGGUGUUUCGACCGGUGUCUCAAAGAGAUCAGUGCGGGCGGUCGUGCACGAGGAUGGCCGGCGACGACGAUGCAUCGCCGAACAAUGAGAUCCUCAGUACAGACGGAGAGGGGCAGGGUGCGUCAGUGCGGGGGGAACCGCAUUCCAGAGUGGGCGGCAUCCUGGAAUGCGAUCCCCCCGGUAACAAGAAUUCGCCGAGCGAGCGAGUCUGUAACAACGACGACUGCGCCGACGGAAGCGGUGAAACUGUGAUUGCCGACGACUGUAACAACAGCGGAGGCGUUGAAACCGUGAUUGCCGGCGAUAACGGCGCUUUAUGCCGAUAUGCUCUCAGCACUGUCAAUACCGCUAUGUCCUUUAUCGAAGUUUGUCAGAUUCGACUGCAACAUCUUUUCCCGCAAUUGAUUUCAUCUUCACGAUAUAGACUUUGUGAAGAUUCCAUAGAGCUUACAGCAGAAUGUUUGGCGAACGAUGUAAUACGGUACCUACUUAAGGAAGAUAUUUAUCUUAUAUCUCGAGAUCCAGUUUCCCGUAGUAUGAGACACAAUGUGUAUCAAAUGUUGAAUAAGCAUAGUAUUCUAUUCGCGAGUAUGGUAAAUCGUUUGAAUGUUGUACCGGAUACGGCAUACGAGGCAUUCAUGGGAGUAGCGGAUGAACUGUUUUUACAUGGUGGAGUUACAUGGGCAAGAAUCGUUUGUCUAUAUGCAUUUAUGGGUAGACUCGCUCUUUGGGCUCGGGAUAGACGAAUGCACGCUUUAAAGAAAAAAUUACCACUAUAUGUCUCCAGAUUUAUUGGUGAAAAGGUUGCACAUUUUAUCAAAGGAUAUGGAGGAUGGGAGCAACUGUGUAUAGAAUAUCCUGUGGCAGAAGAAAUAAGUGGAGCAAUUUGGAGAAGUCUUAUAAUGACAGGUGCUACACUUGGUUUGGUUGCAACUAUUUUAACAGUGACCUCCUGAUAUACCCUUAAAAAUUAAUUUACAAAAGUAUAUUUUAUGUAAGAUCUUCCAGUGUACUUAUGUUUUACCAAAAUAGUUUUAAAAAUAAUUUCUGGAAGCUUACAUAAUGGUUUUAUUGGCACAAAAAGUGAAAUUGUAUGAUUUGAAAGAUAACUUAUAAUAAGUACAGGAUGUAAAUUAAGUUUCAAUUUGCAGUCUGCACAAUUUUCAUAUCAAUGUCAUUCAGUUUAGAAUCAUCCCACUUUUUAUAUAACUCCAACAAAUAUGUAACAUAAGCAAAUGAUAAUGAUACAAGUUUCCUAUUAUAUUCAUAUUUUAUAACAACUGCAGCUUGAUGGAUUAGAGAUUAAAUUAAAGAAAAAAAUUAUUUAAUAUUAAUUUAGAAAUUUUAUCAAAGUAAUUUCAUGCAAUACUCAAAAUUGAAGUUUCAGAUAUUUAUAUCAAACAAGAAUCUCAAAAUUCUAUUGAAUUUAGGUAGAAACAAUCUAAAUGUAUUUAUUUAUAAUUUAUUUUAGGUAGAAAAUAUAUUAAUAAAUUUUUUUAUCAAUCAAAGAUCAUCAUAAUCUAUGCUUAGAACUUAUUGAAAGUUUAAAAAUUAAAAUAACAAUUCUCUUUAAAAUAUAAUAACAUUUUUAAACAACAAUGAUAGAUUCUAAUGACAUAGCAAACAUUUUUAUACAAAUAUUCAGAAAUAAUAAACAUUUUCAUGAAACCUCAGUUUUGUUAGUUUCAUCAAUUAUUUUUUAAACCUAUAAUAAGAAAAUCAUCUGCAAAAUGUGAUAAAUUCAAUAUUUUAUAUAUGUAUAAUACAUAAGUAUUUGAUAGCAUAUUUUGUAUGAAAGAAUAAGAUAUCUAAUAGUUGUUAUAUUUCCAAUUUUUUAAAUAUAAACAUUAGCAAAUGCAAAGGAGGCUAGAUGUUUAAAUCCAAGUAGCUGAUUUUUAUAAUAAAUUAUUCAGUCAAAGAUUGCCAUUAAGGAUUUUCAUGCUUUAAUGGACUUAAUAAUCAUAUUAAUUAUUAGUAUUACUCGAUAAUACAUAAUAAGUGCUAUCAAUAUUAAUAAAAUAUGUCAUAAAAAAUAUAAAAUUUUAAUAUAUUUAAAAAAUAAUAAGUAGAUAUUAAAUAAGGUCACUGUUAAUUUUAAAAACAAUUAUAUUUUUAAAUAUAUUUGUUUAUAUGUGUUAUGUAUUAUUUUAUUUAAAAUAGCAUACUUAUUCAAACGUAAAUACAAUCUACGUACUACUCAAAAUAUAUUGAUUUAUUACUUGAUACCAGAAUGUAAGUUCAAACCACAAAAAUUUCUAAAAUACAUGAUUAGUAUAAUUGCAUGUGUGAAAGAGUAUCUAUAAUAUAUUCUGUAUUCUUUGUUUUUUAAAUAAUAUAAAUAAUAUAAUUCGAGUGUAAAAUAUGCCAUUUAGAUUGGCAAAUUAAACACAAUUUUACUAUUAAUAUAUUUUGCUAAUAAAAUAUUUUACGCAAUUUCUUUAUACAUAUCAUCAAUUAUUAGAAAUUAUUAAAAAUUUCUAAACCGAAAAUUCGCUUUUCGAGUAAUACCGUUAUUUUUAUCAAAUCCUUGUUUUUAUCGAAGUUUUAGGACUAUCUAAAGUCAUUAUUUUUUUGGGAUAUGUUUAAUAAUUAAAAUAUCAACUACUCAAAUUUAUCGCACAAAUCUUAAUAAAUACAUGGUGAUUUGAAGGAAUUAUAAUAAUAUCGAUAAUCGAUAUUCACACAAAAUUGUUUAAACUUGUUAAAAUAUUUUUUAUGUUUGAUAUAUAAAAAAAAAAGAUAAUUUUUUCGCUAUUGUUUAUAAUUUUAUGCAUCACAUGAACAUACAAUACAAAAUCAUGAACUCAAAAAUAAUUUGUUAUGAAUAUAUCUAACAAUAGUCUUACUUCUACUCAGAUCUUGUGACUGUACAGAAAACAAUUGUCUUUUCUUCUUUUUUUUCUUUUUUUUUUUUUUUUUUUUAAUUUUUAUACCUAACAUGAAUAAUAAUAA